CAGAGAAUUACCCAAACCAGAUCAUAGAAAUGUUUUAUCAAAACUGUCAAAUUACAAGUUAUAAAUAUUUCAUGUAAUUAUCAGUCUCGAUAUUUUCGCGUAGUACGAGAUGUUACCAAAAGAUACCGGUAGUUCGAGAAGGCCUAGAGUGGCACAAAAUUCCUCGGUGUCGAGCAUGCAGAAGCGAAAAAAUUGCGGUACACAAACACCCAAAAUCGACUGGGAAAGAUGCAGUCAUAUCAUAGUAAUCGACGGAAAGAUCUCGAAGAACGAUCAGGAUAACUACAAGAAAGCCGUUGAUUUCGUCAACAAAUGGAAUGACGCGAUGAACGACUAUCUGAAGAAGAGGUCGAGCAAGUCAAAAGUUAAGGAAAUGGAUGAAGCUUUCUACUUCACACCCAUUCCAAAUUAUAUGUCCUUUUUUGUGACCUUACAAGAACUAGAUAAUCGAUACUUGGAUGCUACCAAACCUGUAAGAAAAAACUCGUAUUCCCAGACCAAAUUCCCCCAAGAGAAAAUUGUAGUCGAUGUUAAGAGCCAAACCCAGUACGUCAAAUCCACAGAAGAUCCAAACGACGUGGAGAACAUACCUAAAAACAUCCAAUUGGCACAAUACGGAACCUAUCCACAUAAAAAGACGAACCUUCAAAAAUCACAAAGAACCCAAUACUCGAACUUUUGCCCACCUUUGAAACAUUCCGCAAGGUUCAGCGAGUCCAACAUUCGACAGACUAGCUCGAAUCGCGCUCAAAACGACCAACCUGGCUACAGUCCGUCAGCUGCGGCCAUGAACUCAUCUAUAAGGCAAAACCACAGCUUCGCGAAUUUUAAUGUAACUUCCUCUAGCGUUGGCCGACACAAGCAUCCUAUCCCUGGUCUUUUAUCGCCAAAUAACAGAAUGGCGCCGGAAAUAAAUGGAAAUAUGUUCGGAAAGCCACAGAACCCCCUGAGUGUCUUCGUGAGCCAGGGUAACAUCCUGAAGAACAUCUCCAGGAGUGGCAGUUCCAGCAGCAGUGUGAUCCUGAGCGACAAGGACAGCGAGCAGUUGAACUUGGACGACGCAGGAAGCGAAAGAGAUGAUGUGGAAAGAACAUCUUCGCCUUAUGGCAACGAAAGGCGGUACGAAGGAAAUUUCGACCAUAGAGAGGCAUCUUCAGGAUGUGAAGAGGAAGAUACGCCGGUGAAACAGCAUCCGCUGAAUCUCAACGAGAGGGAUCUGAACAGCAAGGAUAAGAACUUCAUCAACUCCAUCGGCAUCUUCACGGAAGCUGGGGAGCUGAAACCCAACGCCAAGAGUUACCUGGAGACCAAGGAAGACGUCAGAAAGGGCACUUUCAGGGCUCCCAGGCUUUCUCAGAUUCACAUGACCGAACAUUAUAAUGUUAAGUCUUGCACCUCGGGAAGUUUGUUGUCCGAUAUUGUGUCUACGAGAAGUUCUGAAAUUGACGAAUAAAGAAUUUUUGAACUCA